AUGCGGCUCUCAAUUCUUCGACCCCUGAUGCGGGCGCGUUUGGCCCCUCAAAAAUUUUCACCUGCAGCCUUCGUGCUAGCCAGAUCUUCAUUCCAUAAGACCGCUGUACUCAGACACGACGGUCUUUGGACUUCAACGAAGAGAGAAAGCAAUGAGCCAUAUCUCCACCUGGAAGCUGUCCAAAGUCCAAUCAGUGCGGCCCACAUCCAGGCACAGGAUCUACUCGUCGUUGAUCGUAUUCUAGAGCCUCAAACGGUUAUGCAGUUCGUUGGGUUUCUAUUCGGAAAUCCACUUCCCGAUGGCACUCGCCCCUCAUCAAUCGCUACUCUACCUGUAGAGGAGCUCGCUCUGAUACAGGGCGGCGAUCCUGUACUUGGUGCUGAUAACAAGACUAUCAUGCACCGUAUCAUGGGCUAUAUUGGCUCCAACGAGGACACCAGUCGCCUCUGCGGUGUUGGCAAGAAUAUCCAGUCUCUCAAAUCUCGCCUUUGGUCAGGCAUCACCCCCUUGAGUGAUCAAAGAUGGAAAGAAAAAGGGCUGCAUCUUCCAGAAAAUUUUGAUCAAGCCUGCCAGAAUCUGGGAGCUGUGGUCUCGGUGUUUGAGUACUUGAAUGUCCCGGAGGUUCAAAAUAAUCUUCGCGAGACGUUCAAUCUCAUUUACGAUGCCUGGAGCGAUCUAGAGGCGGUUAUUAAUCAACACAGAGCUGGAACGGGUGCAGAGCCUGUCGUUAUCGCUGAUCUCUGGACUUUGUUCAUGUCAGUUCAUCUAGAGGUCAUGACCCAACGGGCGCAUAAAUGGGUCACACACCAUGUUGAUACCUUGCGAGCCCCAUAUAUGCAAGAUCUAUUGACCUAUGAGCCUUCGGAUCAAGUGACUGGUGAACCAGAUGCAAAGCAGUGGCAAUUGGGUGAUGCGCUGCAUCUCCUGCUGGAAACUUCUAUUCGGGCGGAUCAUACAAUCAUGAUUCCAAUGGAAGGCUAUAAGGGGUAUAAAGCUACAAAAAAGGAAAGUGGACCACCAGAAAUGCACUCUGCUCAACAUAGCGAGAGGGGAGCGGCGUAUUCCCAGCGUGUGAAAGAUCUCAGCCACAAAAUUCCUAUAGACAGAUUGCUUGAGGCGUUUGCCAAAGGUGAAAAGCGCAGGGACCUUACUUUCUCGGAAAGCCUCCACGGGGGUGCAACAGAGCAAAUUGAUGCUCAGAGGCAAAUUAGGAGAGAGCUUCGUGGCAGUUCACUCGAUUCCACUUUUCAGGAGCCCUGGAUGAUGUCCAAGUUGAAAAGGCUCAAAUUAUUGGAAGAGAACGAUCUACCAAAAGACUCUGGUCUUGCCAUUUAUCGUCUGACCCAUGGACAGCCUGAGUCGGAAUGGUUGGAAUUCGUCAAGAGACUCGAAGACCAUAUAUCUGAUUGGGGGGCCGGUCAGGAUGGCAGUGAUUCUAUCAAGCCAUAUCUGAAGCUCCACUGGCUGGAUGGGAAGGAAUUGGGUUUGGCAGAAAAUGACAUCGAAGCAGCAAAACAACAUUUUAACGAGACGUUGGAUGGUUCCGAGUGUCACAAUACGCCUCCCUUAGCGCUAAAUUCUAAAGCAAUUCUUGCCAUUGAUUCAGCCUCCUUUGCAUCAUAUAUGAGCAACUCGUAUGAUGCUAAAAGGUCCUCUGUGCUGCCGGGUGAUUCAACGGGAUUCGUUCUCGCUAUUGACCCCGAAUUUGAUCCUGAGAUUGGAUUCGAUAGACCGGAAGAAUCCCCCGACUACAGGGGCCAGAUGCGUAUUCUCGGAAGUCUGGUCUGGGGCGACUUGUAUGCUAUACUGGAGUCGCAGUCUGGGGGGCUCGGAGACCUCUGGCCUCUAGCCAUGCACCAUCCGGAUCAGGUUUACGUUGGUCCAGUCAUCCCAAUACAAAGACUUAACUGGCAGGCCCAGAAAGAAGGUCAAUGGAAUGUGGUAUCUGAGGCAAUGGGCUAUCUGGGGAAAUCUUUGAAGUAA